AUGACACAACUCCACAAGUGUGCUAUUUGCAGGAAUCAUAUUAUGGAUCUCUGCAUUGAGUGCCAAGCUAGUGCUACGAGCCAGGAGUGCAUUGUUGCUUGGGGUGUAUGUAACCAUGCCUUCCACUUCCACUGCAUCGGUUGCUGGCUCAAAACACGUCAAGUGUGUCCAUUAGAUAAUAGUGAGUGGGAAUUUCAGAAGUAUGGCCAUUAGAGGAUUCAACAAUUGGCAGGAGAGGCGAUUAUGCUGUUGCAUUGUGAUGUCUUUGAAUGUUAGUUUAUUCUAGUAAUACUUAUUUGCAGUGCCUUUUGUUCU